AUGGGGCAUUUAAAUAGCUACUCAAAGUAUCAAGAGGAGUGGUCUGAGCCUUGGAUCAUUCGUUUCUGGCAAGAAACGAGUAAGAACGCGAGGCAAUCGGCGACGGACACGCGGCUAACGAAGAGGGAGGACACGCAUCGAGCAACUGGUGGAGAGACGCGUCUGGCGCCUCCGCUGACACACGUCCGACGGCUGACCCUGAAACCCAAACCGAAACCCACCGCUAGCCCUUGUACGACACGUGUCACACCUAGAAAAUUCGAGAGGUCACUGCAUAGAAAAUUCGUAAUUUUUGGACUCCGUACGACUGUAAAUCAAGCUUGGGAAGGCACGCGACAUACUUGUAAGUAACCGCACAGAAUUAGGAAGUAAUGCUUGUAGGGUGUGUUUGGUUUUACAUGCAUACUAAAGCAAAUUACUCCUAGAUGGCUAGAUCUGAUAAUCCUCUGUACUUUGGAAAUUAAAUAUAUAUCUGUUGGACUUGCUGCCCUAAUGAGAUUUCAUACUCGAUGUUUGUAUGCUUGCUGAACUA